UGGCACUUACCGGUGUGUGACCUCAGACUGUCAGAGCCUCCUUUCCCUAUGAGAUGCAGACGAAGAUGGAAGGAGGCAACGGGCGGGGAAGCCCGCUGCUGGGGCACUCGGGCCAAAGCGAUUGCUGGUGAAGCAAGAUCGCAGGAGCUGGAACCAGGUCUCUAGAGGAGGCCCAGGAAGGCUUCCCGGAGAAGGAGGCCCUUGAGGCUGGCCGGGGAAUGGCACAUUUAGUGCUCUGGCUUCUGGCAGGAGCUGGACGUAAGGCGGCAGCUGCGGUCAGCCCCAAAGCCCUCCUCCGUGCCGAGAUUGCACUAGCUCACUUUAAAUUCAACCCGCGGCCAGGACGCACCCCUCCAGAGCGGGGCGGGCCCGAGGGCCGGGAAUCUCUGAAAGGGCGGGCUCCGCGGCGCGCGGCGCGGGACUUCCCAGCGGGAGAGCCGGACCGGGACAGACCAACAGGAAGCCGAGUGCGGCUGGGCUGCCGGCUGCCGGUUGGGGUCCGCGGCCGCGUCUCCGGGGCUUUGGGCAGGCCAAGGGCAGGCGGGGCGGGAAGGGACCCUGAGGCCUUCGCCUGCGGCCCCAGCCCGGAGCAAGGGGCGUCCUGACCGGGCGGGACCCCGAGUCCCGGCCCGCUCGGGAACGCGCCGGCGGAAACCCGGCUCAGGGCGCACACCGGGGACGGCGCCCAGCCUCGAGCGCAGCCUCCCCGGGCCCUGCCUGAGCAGGCCUGUUUGGCAGGCUGGGACAUGUCUGGCCCCGGAGGACAGCCGGGUGGGCGAUGGCUGCAGAGGCGGAGGGGCUGGAGCCCGAGACAGCUGCUGCUGAAGAUGCUGCGGGAGAUGCUGUCGGUGCUGUGGAUGCAGAGCCCGGGGACCCCCCUCUCCUGGUUGGGAACCGGUUGAGGCUGGACCUGCACGCAGGCGGCUGCCGCCGGCUGCUCCAUCUGUGUGCCCAGAGGCCCCCUCAGCUGUUGGAAGUGGAGUUCUUGCAGCUGAGCGGCCACGAGGAGCCUCGGCUGCUGGAGGCCACCCUGGCCCAGGUGCCGUGCAGCCUGCAGCACCUUCGCUCCCUGGUCCUCAGAGGUGGACAACACUGGGACGUGCCGGGUGCCUGCCGCCGCCGGGGCUCCCUGACCACGCUGCCCGCUGACCUGAGUGGCCUGGCCCGCUUGGCCCACCUAGAUCUGAGCUUCAACAGCCUGGAGACACUGCCGGCCUGCAUCCCACAGAUGCGUGGCCUGAGCACCCUCCUGCUGUCUUACAACCGCCUCUCAGAGCUCCCUGAGGCCCUCGGAGCCCUUCCCUCCCUCACCUUCCUCUCUGUGACCCACAACUGCCUGCAAAGGCUUCCCGCAGCGCUGGGAUCCCUGUCCACCCUGCAGCGCCUUGAUCUCUCAGAGAACCUUCUGGACACCUUGCCCCCUGAGAUUGGAGGCCUGAGCAGCCUCACGGAGCUCAGUCUGGCUUCCAACCGGCUGCAGGGCCUCCCCACCUCCCUUGUGGGGCUGCGGUCCUUGCGGUUUCUUGUUUUGCACAGCAACCUCCUGACCUCAGUGCCCACCGGCCUGGCCCACCUCCCGCUGCUCGCCCGACUGGAUCUGAGGGACAACCAGCUCCGGGACGUGCCCCCUGAGCUACUGGACGCCCCCUUUGUGCGCCUUCAGGGGAACCCCCUGGGCAAGGCUCUACCUGCCCCCCACAGUUCCCCAGAGACGCCCGUGAUCCCGGAAAUGCCCAGACUGUUCCUGAACUCAGAUUUGGACAGCUUCCUUGUGACUCCCCAAGGCUGCUCAGUGACCCUGACCUGUGGUGUCCGCCUGCGGUUCCCUGCUGGGGCCACAGCUAGCCCUGUCAACAUCCACUAUCGACUAUGGCUGCCGGAGCCACACCUCGUCCCCUUGGGUCCUCAUGACUCCUUGCUCAGUGGUGUCCUGGAGCUGCAGCCCCACGGGGUGGCCUUCCGGCAGGAAGUAGGCCUGUGGUUACUCUUUGUGCCCCCCCGGGACUGGCGUUGCCGGGAGGUGGUGGUCAGGACCCUGAGUGAUGACAGCUGGAGUGACCUGGAGACUCACCUGGAAGAAGAGGCACCCAAGCGGCUGUGGGCUCACUGCCAGGUGCCCCACUUCUCGUGGUUCCUCGUGGUUUCACGUCCUGUGUCCAACGUCUGCCUGGUGCCACCAGAGGGGACAUUGCUGUGGUCCUCAGGACAUCCUGGGGUCAAGGUCACAUUCCCCCCUGGGGCCACCGACGAGCCUCGUCACGUCCGCAUGCAGGUGGUGCACAUGGCCAGCAGAGAGCUUCGAGCCCUGCUGGAGGAGCCUGAGGCGGCGGCCAGCCCCCUGCUGUGCCUCUCCCAGAGCGGCCCCCCCAGCUUCCUCCGGCCUGUCACCGUGCAGCUGCCUCUGCCCCCUGGUGUCACAGGCCUGAGUCUGGAUCGCUCUCGUCUUCACCUGCUGUACUGGACCCCGCCUGAAGCGGCCUGGGAUGACAUCACAGCUCAGGUGGCACUGGAGUUCACGCACCUGUAUGCUCGCUUCCAGGUCACACACUUCUCCUGGUACUGGCUCUGGUACACCACCAAGACGUGCGUGGAGGGCCUGGCUCGGAAGGCCUGGGAGCGCCUGCGGCUGCACAGGGUCAACCUCAUUGCCCUGCAGAGGCGCCGGGACCCCGAGCAGGUCCUGCUGCAGUGCCUGCCCCGCAACAAGGUGGACGCCGCCCUGCAGAGGCUGCUGGACCGCUACCGGGGCCCUGAGCCGUCCGACACAGUGGAGAUGUUCGAGGGCGAAGAAUUCUUUGCUGCCUUCGAGAGGGGUAUUGCCGUGGACGCUGACCGCCCGGACUGCGUGCAGGGCAGGAUCUGCUUUGUGUUUUACUCACACUUGAAGAACGUGAAGGAGGUGUAUGUGACCACCACCCUGGACCGGCAGGCUCAGGCUGUGAGGGGCCAGGUGUCCUUCUACCGGGGAGCGGUGCCCGGGACGGUGCCUGAGGAGGCAGAGGCUGCCCGGCAGAGGAGGACCGGCGCCGGCUCCCUGUGGAUGGCCACGCUGCCCAUCAAGCUGCCGAGACUGCGGGGGUCCCAGGGGCCAGAGCAGGGGCGGGGGACUAGCGUCUCCCUGGCCCCUCUGAACCUGGGUGAUGCUGAGACUGGCUUCCUGACCCAGAGCAACCUGCUGAAUGUGGCUGGGCGCCUGGGCCCUGACUGGCCAGCCGUGGCCCUGCACCUGGGCAUGCCCUACCGUGAGCUGCAGCGCAUCCGACAUGAGUUCCGGGACGACCUGGAUGGCCAGAUCCGGCAUAUGCUCUUCUCCUGGGCUGAGCGCCAGGCUGGCCAGCCGGGGGCUGUGGGGCUCCUAGUGCAGGCCUUGGAGCAGAGCGACCGACUGGAUAUAGCUGAAGAGGUGAGGGCUGUCUUGGAGCUCGGCCGCCAAAAGUACAAGGACAGCGUCCAGCGCAUGAGCCUGGCCCCCAGGGACCUCACCCCACCUGAGCCUUCAGCAUCACAGUCCCCAGAGUCUGCCCAGGCCUAGACCCCACUGACUUCGGGCUGGCCCCGAUGUACUCCGGCCAGUGGUCAGAGGCACCCAUUUUCAAGCCUGCCCGGCGUAUGGGGACAGUGACCUCCCACGUGUUACAAAUACGCACUGUUAUGCCUGCUU